AUGGGCGUUGUAGCACCGAAGCCGAUUGUCCUCCACCUCGGAGAUGCAAUCAAAUACAACCACGAUUUCUACAGAAACGAAUUCCAAUCACGCUUCGAUGUCAUCCAGGCUACAGAAACAGACCGUGAAUCCUUCAUCCAAGCACUAAAGACCAAGAAAUACGGUGCAUUUUCAGCCUUAUUCCGCCCACACUUCCAAACAGGCGGAUUCAUGGGACAAUGGGAUAAAGAAUUAAUCUCCCACCUCCCACCCAGUGUCCGAAUCUUCGCCUCAGCAGGUGCAGGCUUCAACUGGGCCGAUGUCGAUAUUCUAGGCGAACACAACAUCUGGUAUACCAACGGCGCAGGCGCAUCAGACGAAGCAGUCUCCGAUACAGCAUUAUAUAUGAUCCUAAGUGUGUUCCGCAACUUCACGCGGGCACAACUCGCAGCGCGAACGGCAGACCCGGAGAUCUUCACUGCAACACACAAAAUGAUUGCGACGAUCUCGCAGAACCCGCGGGGCCAUAUUCUCGGUGUUGUUGGGUUUGGAAAUAUCAGCAAGAAACUGGUUUAUAAGGCGCGUAUGGCGCUUGGGAUGGAGAUUCAUUAUUUUGAUAUUGUGCGUGCUGAUUCGAGCGUUGAGAGUGAGCUCCAGGCGACGUACCACGAUUCUUUGGAUGAGUUGCUCAAAGUUGCGGAUUGUGUUUCUUUGCAUACGCCACUGAACUCGCAUACUUUGGAUCUUAUCGGCGACAAAGCUUUUGGUUUGAUGAAACCUGGUAGUCGAAUUGUUAAUACUGCUCGGGGGGAGGUUCUCAAUGAGGAUGCAUUGAUCAAGGCGUUGAAAUCGGGUCAUAUUUCUGCGGCAGCAUUGGACGUGCAUUAUCAUGAGCCUCAGGUGUCUCCAGUGUUGGCUGGUAUGGAAAAUGUUACCCUAACUACACAUAUUGGGGGCGGAGCACUUGAAACGAGGAUCGAAUUUGAGUUGAAUGCUAUGCGCAAUAUUCUGUCUGUGGUGGGUGAUAAAGGGGAGUCCAAGGGAGAGCCUAUCACGCCUGUUAACAGAAAGGCAUUUGAGGCAUAA